AUGGAUCUUCGGAGAUAUAACUUUAUUCGUGAUCAUGGCGAUAUUAUUGAUUGGGGACAUAGCACAACAAGAAAUGAAACUGGUCAUUUCGCUGGAGCACUUGAGUGUAUGCCCCAUGGCAACUUAAAUUCAUUGGCCAAUGGCGAACAAUUGCUAAAAGUCGACAACGGCGGUAUCUCCCUCCGAAAAACAUCCCUUCGCCGAGCAUGCUCCGAGUUAUCUCCCUCCGAAAAACAUCCCUUCGCCGAGCGUGCUCCGAGUUAUUGUAAAAAGAUAUCUUAUAUACUCACCAAGUAUUGA